AUGGAUCAGCUUCCGGGCAUACUUCAAACUGUUGUAGAAAAGGCACUUGGCCAACAAACAAGUUUACUCGUCUUCGCUGCUCUGGCAGUCGUGAUCUACAAGUUGCUGACUCGUACCGAUAUACCCUACAUUCGCGGCAUACCAGAAAUACCCGGUGCUCUUCCAGUCACCGGCCACCUUACCCAACUUGGGGAUGACCACGCAACAGUAUGUGAAAAGUGGUGGCGUAAAUAUGGCAAUUCAGUCUUCCAAAUCCGACUUGGAAACACUCGAGCGGUCGUCGUCAGCUCGUUCGAGGACUGCAAGAAGAUCCUAGUAUCAAACUCACAAGGACUGAUUGACCGGCCCAAGCUGUAUACCUUUCACGGAGUCAUCUCUUCUACACAAGGAUUCACGAUCGGGAGCUCACCAUGGGAUGAAAGUUGUCGGAACAAGCGAAAAGCCGCUUCUACCACGCUUAGCAAAGGCAUGAUGAAGAAAUACUACAAAAUGUUCGACUUGGAAUCGUACUGCAUCGCCCGCGACUUGACUCGCGACAGCAAGGGAGGCUCAAUCGAAGUCAGCCUCCGACCAUAUAUUCAACGCUAUGCACUCAACACCACGCUCACUCUUUGCUACGGGAUUCGAAUGGACGCGGUAUACGAUGACCUAUUGCGCGAGAUCCUCUAUGUCGGUUCUGCUAUCUCGCUUCUCCGCUCAGCGUCCGAAAAUUAUCAAGACUACGUCCCUAUCCUACGCUACCUACCUAAUAAUGAAAAGAACCGAAGGUCCAAGGAACUUCGCGAGAGACGAGACAAAUACCUGAACGAGCUACUCGACAAAGUCCGUGAGAUGAUCAAUAAUGGCACUGAGAAGCCUUGUAUCAGUGCCGCGAUCUUAAAAGACGAGGAGACGCGCCUCACAGGCGUGGAAGUCAGUUCAAUCUGCCUCUCUCUUGUCUCCGGUGGCUUUGAAACUAUUCCAGGCACACUCGUUUCCUGUAUUGGCUCACUCUCUACUCCCGAAGGCCAGAAGUACCAGGAGCGUGCGUAUCAAGAGAUAAAGAAACUAUAUCCAGAUAUCAAGAAUGCUUGGGCGACCGAGUUUGAAACAGAGCACGUCCCAUACCUUAAUGCAAUUGUCAAGGAGGCAGGAAGAUACUACACAGUCUCCAACAUGAGCCUGCCGCGCAAGACAAUAACUGAUGUGAGAUGGGGGGAAGCGAUCAUUCCGCGGGGCACAAUGGUACUGAUCAAUGCGCAAGCGGGAAAUCAUGAUAUCGAUUACUGGGGACCUGAUGCCGCCACAUUCAACCCAGAGCGCUGGCUCGACUCUCCCUCCUCUUCAUCCGAUCCUUCGUCACUAUCUACCGAGAAACCCGCAUCAAGCACAGCACAUUUAUCGUUCGGUGCCGGCUCACGCUCAUGUCCGGGUGCCACAAUCGCGAGCAAGCUCAUUAAUGCGGCUCUGUUCCGCUUGAUCAGUCUAUAUAAGAUCGAAGCAUCCGAGACUCAUCCGCCAAAUACUGACUACGUAGACUACAAUGAGAUCAAGUCAGCGCUCGUAGCGAUUCCAAGGGACUUCAAGAUCAAAUUAACACCGCGGGAUGGAACGGGAGAUUUGGCAAGGAGUGUACUGCGCAUGGGUGAAGAGAGGACGCGGGACUUUUACAAAGAACAGUAA